AUGGUUAUGGAGGGAUGGGCUCCACAGGCUAAAAUCUUGGGGCAUUCAAGCACUAGUGGCUUUGAGAGGCAAUGUGGAUGGAAUUCUAUAAUGCAAAGCAUGAAGUUUGGUGUUCCAAUUGUAGCCAUGCCCAUGCAUAUUGACCAACCAUUGAAUGCUAGAAUGGUGGAGGAGGUUGUGUGUGGGAGUGGAGGUUGUGAGGGACAAAAAUGGAAUGUUUCACAAAGAAGAAAUUGCAUGAGUGAUAAGAAAG